GCUACUUAUAAAUACCACGAGCAAGUCAAGCCAGUUAGUUAGAGCUCAGUAUUCCGUCAGAGAACACAGGUCGUAAUGCGUUUUUUUGGACUACUCGUGCCGAUCGUUUGCGGUCUUUUGUGCGCCGCUGCCGAUCCGCAACAAACAUACGACGGGCGUAAUGGACCCCAUGUUUUCGGAACACCCGGCAAUCAAGUCUACAUUCGAGGUCAAAACGAUGGAGUCUACAAGGUCCCAGGAGUAGGUGGUCAAUUCCAGCACAAUUCAUCGCCGGCGGAACACGUCUAUACAGAUGAACAGGGAAAUACUUAUGUACAUCGGAAAAAGGCUGGGGGGCCAGGAACUCAUACUAUUAGAGCACCUGGUCCAGUCGUUGCACAGCCCAUAUAUCCCGCUGUUCAGGACUCACGCUAUGGACCUCUGGUUUCAGUACCUCGCAGAUCUCGUAGCCCUCAGUUCCAUGUGGAGCGUCCUGGACGCACUGUGGAUGUGGGUCCCGGUGGAUUUGUGAUCCAGAGAGGUCGCCGCAGUCCCCAAUUCCAUGUGGAGCGUCCUGGACGCACUGUGGAUGUGGGUUCCGGAGCAUUUGUGAUUCAGAGGAGUCGCCGCAGUCCCCAAUUCCAUGUGGAGCGUCCUGGACGCACUGUGGAUGUGGGUCCCGGAGGAUUUGUGAUCCAGAGGAGUCGCCGCAGUCCCCAAUUCCAUGUGGAGCGUCCUGGUCGCACUGUGGAUGUGGGUCCCGGAGGAUUUGUGAUUCAAAGGAGCAGCCGCAGUAUCAACGACGGCCGCGUCCAGGGAGAGAAUUUUGUGGCUCGUGACGAUCAGGCUGGCGUGUGGGAUGGUAAUGUUUCGGUGUGGAAGCGUCCAGAUGGGCGAACAGUAACCUUGGGCGCCGAUGGAAGCGCCAUUGUUUCCGGUCAUGGACAGACUCAACACUACUAAAGAAAUGAUGUCUAAUUACCUCUAGAAGAACAGAAUGGUGUAAAAAACUAGUAACGAUUUUAAUGCUCUUUUCAAUAAAAUAAGAAUUAAAGGCGUA